AGGCAGGGGCGCGAGCUGCAGCGGUACAGCGCCAGCACGGGCGGCCGCAUCGUCGUCGGCUGCAUCCCCUACCGGGUGCGCGACGACAACGGCGAGGUGGAGGUGCUGGUCAUAUGCUCGCGGAAGAAGGGCGCCAGCGCGGGCGUGCUCUUCCCCAAGGGCGGGUGGGAGCUGGACGAAUCCAUGGACGAGGCGGCGCGGCGCGAGGCCCUGGAGGAGGCCGGCGUGCGCGGCGAGACGGGGCCCUCGCUGGGCCGCUGGUGCUACCAGAGCCGCAGCUACGAGGCCACCUACGAGGGGUACAUGUUCCCGCUGCGCGUCACGGACGAGCUGGAGCGCUGGCCCGAGAUGUCCGGCCGCGGCAGGACCUGGGUCACCGUGCAGGACGCCAUGGACCGCUGCCCGCACCUCUGGAUGCGCGAGGCGCUCCAGCGGUUCGCCGACCGCGUCGCCGACGCCGCCUUGUAGGCGAUUCUCCUCGACCGUCCUUCUCGCCGCGCGUGCCUGUAAGCUCUCCCCCGCCCUACGGUUUGUGCCGGCUGGGCUGGGCUGGACUCGGCCGCGCGGCGCUCUGGCGCUAGCGGUCAGGUCACACGAACCAGAGCGCUCUACUGUGACUCCUGUCGUGGCACGGCCUGUACAUUGUUUGCCUGGGAUUCGACCGGGCAUGUAAAUCUCACCCACUUCGCCUAAUGUUUUGAGAUCAUAAUAUAGGGAAAUGCUAGCCAAGAACCAUAACUCGGUUUAUUGGAGUCAGAAUGACCCAUUUUUUCUCUCCAUCAAACUGACUUGAGCCAAAUACAUUCAAAUUUUCGUCGUCGUCGUGGCUUUGAUCUUCUAAGUCAUUGCAUCGAUGUUCUCACCAA